UUGGCACGCGUUACCGAAUGAGGACUAUAAAUGAAAUGAGAUCAGCGGUGGCUAAGUCUCACCCGAUCCAAACAAAGCAUUAUACUCGUACUAAGAAGAAACUAGUUGUAGUAAGCUAUUAUAUCGUUUCUCCUUUCUCCCUCCUCGUAAGAAUGAUUAGUGGAAUGUUACGCCAAUGGUUAAGUCUACUGGUCUGUGUGCUUGCUGUUAUACUACUCAAAUCUGAAGGCGCUAGUGUAGGGAUUACUUAUCUGCAGGAUGCCGUAGCGAAAGGAGCUGUUUGUUUGGAUGGGAGUCCACCAGCUUACCAUUUUGACAAGGGCUCUGGCACUGGAGUUGAUAAUUGGAUUGUUCACAUGGAGGGUGGAGGAUGGUGUGAAGAUGUGCCGACUUGCCUCUCUCGUAAGAACACCGAUUUAGGGUCAUCAAAGCAAAUGGUGAAGCAAUUUGGCUUCUCUGGACUCUUGAGCGGCCAGCAAAAAUCCAAUCCAGAUUUCUACAAUUGGAACCGGAUUAAGGUUAGGUACUGCGAUGGAUCAUCGUUCACUGGGGAUGCUGUUGAUCGAGCUAAUAAUCUCUUUUUCAAAGGAAACAGCAUAUGGGAAUUUAUCAUUGCUGAUCUACUAGCAAAAGGAAUGAGAAAUGCUAAAAAUGCUAUUCUUUCUGGCUGUUCCGCUGGAGGAUUGGCUUCGAUAUUGCACUGUGACAGGUUUCGAGCUCUCCUUCCCGCUUCUACUAAAGUAAAGUGCAUUUCAGAUGCUGGCUUCUUCCUCCAUGCGCAAGAUGUCUCGGGAGGGAAGCACAUAGAAGAAUUCUAUGGCAAAGUGGCUAGACUACACGGAUCCGUUAAGAAUUUGCCAGCGUCUUGCACUUCAAGAAUGGGAGCCAGACCAGAGUUGUGUUUCUUCCCACAGUACGUGGUGCAGACUAUGCAAACACCAAUCUUCUUCGUAAAUUCAGCUUAUGACUCCUGGCAGAUUAAGAACAUUUUGGCUCCCAGUGCUGCUGACAAAAGUAAGGAGUGGAAAAGCUGCAAGCUUGACUUGAAGAAGUGUACAGAAACGCAGCUCAAAAUCAUCCAAGAUUUCAGGACGCAAUUCUUAAGUGCCCUGAACAGAGCCGGGGUGAUCAACUCUCCAUCUAAAGGAAUGUUCAUAGAUUCGUGCUAUGCCCACUGUCAAGUAGGAAAGCAGAUACAAUGGUCAAGCGAUAGUUCUCCGGUAGUGAGUAACAUGAAAAUUGCCAAGGCUGUUGGAGACUGGUAUUAUGAGCGGAGCCCCAUCAAAAAGCUUGACUGCCCUUAUCCUUGCAACCCUACCUGCCCAAAAGUUGACUCUGAUUCAUAAAUCUAUACAUAUAAUUAUGGACUGCAGUUUAUUUAUUAGAUGGAUAUUAGUCAAUUGUUCAUGUCUAUUUAUCCAUAUAUGAAUCUCUCUUGUUGUUUUAUUUUAAUAAAGAAGCGUAUGAUCUUGGAAACAAAUAAAGUAGUUUGAGCUUGUAUCAUUACCACUAGAUUGUACUGGUAUUUUUAUUUAUGAGAUGUUUCCGUAAUAUUCAAUUCCAGUGAAUAA